AUGCUCCUUUACGCGAGUUCUUUACUGUACGUGCUCUAUUACAUAAAUUUCUCCACCGUGAUCUCGAACAACACAACGGAAACGAUCAACACCAACAUGUAUUUUUUAUUGGAGGGAGUCUGCUCGAUGAUGUACGUGUUGCAUCACAUUUUCACCUACGGUGAAUCAGCCGCAUUUCAAGAGAUACUCGAGAUGUCUACGAUAUUAUCUCAGAAGAAGUAUAACGAGUUAUCAAAGUUGAUUUACGCGAAGGAUGUGAUUGGGUUCUUACUCCUGUUAGGCCAUGUUUCAAACUGUUUCACACACGAGAUUGUGCUGACUUUGCGGAAUUUGUGCACUUUGUACACGCUAAUGGUCAACUUCUUGCUCGACAUGUUUUAUAUAGAUUUAGUAUACGUUGUGAAAGCGUGUUUCAAAAAAUUGAAUAAGUCCCUUCAAGAGUUGACGUUCAUGUCAGAUGCCAAUAAGAGCUGCAACGGCGUUUCAAACCCAUUAUCUCCACAGGUCAAGUUUUUAUUGCUAACGAAACUGAAGAUCUUGGAGAAGAAACAUUUACAAAUCAGCCACGUGGUCGAAGGAAUGAAUAAUGACUUCCUUAUACGAAAUAUUAUUAUGACGACUUCGACGUUUAUCAUUGUCACGUUCAAUGUGUACUAUCAAUUGCUAUAUCCAUAUACUCCAUUAUCUGACAAUCCUGCUUAUCACAAUACAUUGUGGUAUUCUCCGUACAUUUCGGCAGUCUUCUUUUAUUUUGUCAAAUUCGGCAUGGUGAUAUGGACCUGUGAACUUGCGACAAACGAAGCACAGAAGAUCAAGAUAAUCAUUCACGACGUUCUUGGUAGUACAACUGAUGCAGAAGCGAAGUACGAGGCACAGCUAUUUUCAUUGCAAAUAUUGCACAAAAAUAAUAUGUUUACUGCAAAGGCAAUUGAUAUGAACGCGAUGCUUUUGUCACAGGUAGUUGGAGGUAUUACGAUGUACAUCAUGAUCCUUCUACAAUUUUUACUGAACACUGCUGUAUGCAGAAAAAUCGAAGCUUCUUAA